CAUAUGCAUACUUCUAAAUUCUAAUCUUAUACUAAGCUCAUAAUAGCAUAACCAAACACACCCACAGCACCCAAACUUAACAACAUGUCCAAACACUCCUUUACCAAUUCCACCCUCCUCUUCCUAUUCUUCGCCGUCCAAAUUUCAACGCUCCUCGCCGGCGACUUCCACGUCAUCAAUUUCCGGUCCCCGAACCUCUUCCCGGAGGGCCUGGCGUGGGACCCCACAGCGCAGCACUUUCUGGUGGGAUCCCUCCGCCACCGCACCAUCUCCGCCGUGUCCGACGCCGGCGUGGUGGAAACCCUAAUCUCGGACCCCUCCCUCCCGGAGAACGUCACCGUGCUCGGCCUCGCCGUGGACUCCCGCAACCACCGCGUGCUGGCGGCGCUCCACGCCCUGGAGCCCCUCCCGGAAUUCAACGCCCUCGCCGCCUACGACCUCCGCUCGGGGCGCCGCCUCUUCCUCUCCGCCCUCCCCUCGGCCGCCGGCGACGAGCGGCGCCCGAUAGCGAACGACGUGGCGGCGGACUUCGGCGGCAACGCGUACGUGACGAACGCGGCGGGGAACUACAUCUGGAAGGUGAACAAUAACGGAGAGGCGUGGAUCUUCUCGAAAUCCGCGAGGUUCACGGAACAUGCGGUGGUCGGCGACACAGUGUAUAGCGUGUGCGGGCUGAACGGCAUCGUCCACGUGAGCAAGGGGUACCUUCUGGUGGUGCAGUCCAACACGGGCAAGAUGUUUAAGGUCGAUGCGGAGGAUGGCAGCGCCAGGGAAGUGCUUCUGAACGAGGAUCUCAUGGGCGCGGACGACGUCGCUUUGAGGGGCGACGGCGUCGUUUUGGUUGUGUCGUAUAACAAGUUGUGGUUCGUGAAGAGUAACGAUGGGUGGGCCCAGGCGUCGGUGUUUGACAAAAUUGACCUUGACUCGGAGGGGUUCCCUACUUCGGUUGUGGUGGCUGAGAGCGAUAGGACGUACGUCCUGCACGGCCGCGUCAUGGAGGGCACUUUGGGGAUUUCCCAGAGGGAGAGCUUUAAGAUUGAGGAGGUUAGGUCUCCUAAGGAGAAUCAAGGGGAGAAUGUUUGGAUCUACGUUAUGCUCGGAUUUGCCUUGUUUUACUUCCUGUUUUGGAGGUUUCAGAUGAAGCAGCUCGUCAAAAACAUGGACAAGAAGAUCAACUGAUUUUCAUUUUCAAACUUUGUAUUUUAUUUUAUUUUUUGCUGGUGCAACUUUGUAUUUUAAGCUCAACGACCUUUUUCUUUUUUGUUUUAAUUUAAAUAGGUGAAAUAUAAAAUUUAUGUUCCUGUGAAUGUGAACGUGAAUGUGUCUUGUUGCACGAUUAGAUUU